CGUAAGGUGAGGUAACGUAACGUAACGCCUCCGGCCAUCGGUUUUGACGAUCAUGCCGAUGAUGGAGGAGGCCAUCGAUCGGCGACGUUAUCAGAAAAGCUGGCGGAUGUUUCGUCCUGACCUUGAGGUGGUCUCGGCUAUGGCGACAUCUGCCGCGGUUCUUCUCAUAUUGUCAAUCUACGGAUUUGUACCGUUUCCAUCUGCUGUUUGGAACCCUGCACUUGCGCCAAAGAGUGGACCAGGUGCUGCGGCAAGGACGUCAGGUCUUGGCGGCGCCUAUGGCGGUAGCAAUCGCGACUUUGCCGUUGGCGGCUAUGGCGGUAGCAAUCGAGGAGAGUGGGAGCUUGGCCGUGAAGAUGGUCACGAGGUACAUCAAGCUGGUGAGGAAUCUAUGGCGCCGCAACGAUUGGCCAUGGUGAAAAGGAUGACCGAGGGAUGGCGAAGACGGCUGCAGGUGCAACCGGGGUUGUUGCCGUCUAUGUACCCUCCCCGACCUAAUCUGACGGGGGCGGAGGCAUCCUUGCAGAGUGUGGCGCAAAACGCGACUGAUACAGCUCAACUUACCGCGUCUGCUAAGCAAAAAGACUGGGAAAACAGAGUGCAGGAGCGGAUGGCGGCGUUAGAAGCGCGCUUUACGGCUUCUCUGCGCGAGGAGUACUCUUUCUGCAUAAAAAAUUUGGAAAGGGAGGCAGAGGCAGCAGCCAGAGCUGCCAGCAUUGCUGAUCAGGUGGCUCUCCUUCGGAUCCCUGAAGCCAAUGCUGACCGGUUCCAGGAGGGACUAGCUGCUGCCGUAGCAGCCUUGGUUCGACUACGGACCUUGGAAAACCUUGAGUCCCGUGUAACAGCGCUGGAGCAGCGGAACCAAGAGCUGCAGGCUGAGAUAACCAGCCUUAAACAGUCUCAACUAUCUGGCCCCCGCCCUCCUAACCCUCGAACUGCUGUAAUCCCAGUCUCUCAGUCCAACACAGUCCUCGUGCCAAGUGCCAGUGGAACUGUGGCAAGCGCAGGAACCGGUGCCAGCUCCUCGAGCGGCAGCGCCGGCAGUUCUGCACUGGUCACAGUCCCCAAUGCAGGGACAUCAGCCCAACAGUACAGCGGUCCCAUGGUGGACAAGAGGGCGGCCACGCUGCCGUCCAAGUACGACGGGAAGGCAGACAUUACCUCUUGGAUUAGCUCCAUGAGGUCAUACUUCGAGGUUAUGCGGACACCGCAAGAGGACCGAAGUAUGAUUAUGGGGACUAAUACCGAGCCCACCGUACGGAACUACAUUGAGCUCCAAGCUUUUGCUGCAGGUUAUGAACGAAUUGACCUGAUAGAGCGGCUGAAGUCUAAUUUUCUUUCUCCUGAUGAGGAUGAUCCUCCACCGGAAGUCCCAACAAACAUUCGCCAGCUAUCAGAUCGAUUCCCUGAAGUUUUGGCCGAACCUCGUGGAGUUCCCGAGCGUCCAGUCAAACACAAAAUCGAGAUAAUAAAGGGGAGUGUUCCUCCAAAGGGCUGCGUCUACCGUAUGGGACAAGGCGAGUUGGAGGAAUUGAGAAGGCAGAUUGAUGAUAUGAUUGACCGUGGAUGGAUUAAGCCCAGUGAGUCUGAGUUCGGUUCACCUGUCCUGUUUGUGCCAAAGAAAGGAGGCAAACUCCGGAUGUGUAUUGACUAUCGUGGCCUUAAUUGGAUCACAAGAAAGAAUGCUUACCCUUUGCCUCGCAUAGAUGAUCUGCUGAAUGCGACAGGUGGGUGCAAGGUCUUCUCCAAGAUCGACCUCAAAUUUGGUUACCACCAGAUUGAAGUUGACCCGAGUGACCAGCACAAGACUGUAUUCAAAACACGUGAUGGGCUGUAUGAGUUCAUCGUUAUGCCCUUCGGUCUUACGAAUGCGCCGACCACCUUUCAGUGCCUCAUGGACAAGGUACUUCGCCAUCAACUCGACAGGUUUGUGGUUGUGUACCUUGACGAUAUCCUGAUCUUCAGCAAAACCAUGAAAGAGCACCUCAAGCACCUUGAGGAAGUUUUGCAGGUCCUCAAGGAGGCGCAGCUGCACGUCAAAUUAGAGAAAUCUGAGUUUGGGAGGGACAGCGUCAUCUAUCUUGGACACCGGUUGUCUGCAAACGGCCUUGAGCCGGAGGCAACCAAGGUUGAGGUCAUCCGAAACUGGCCUCAACCGGUAAACGUACGCGAACUGCGUUCUUUUCUUUUUCUGGCCUCGUAUUACCGGAAGUUUGUGCCCAAAUUCUCUGUCAUUGCUCACCCUCUCUCAAGACUAACCAGCAAGAAUGUUGCCUAUGCAUGGUGUGAGAAGUGUGAGACUGCGUUCCAAGCCUUGAAAGAGGCAUUGGUAAGUCAUCCUGUGCUUCGCAUCGCCGAUCCCAACCUCACGUUCGUAGUCACUACGGAUGCGAGCCAGUUCGGGAUUGGUGCUGUGCUGCAACAAGAUGACGGUGAUGGUCUGCGUCCGCUACAGCAAACGCAUGCCCAGCCACAAGAUCAGAACACGUGGGACAAGGAGCUGCACAAAGUGAAGGGACUGUAUAACAACUCCAUCCACUCUGCAACUGGCGUGACACCAAACCAGUUGCAAUAUGGACGAUGCAAGUCCGGGAAAACGGACGAGGCCUAUGAGACCUGGAUGCUGCUUCUGAUUACCGAAGCUAAACAACGGUCGGAUGCAGUAGCAGCCACAGCAAAGCAGAAGGCAGAGGACGCCGAGAAGGCACGUUUGUUGGCAAUUGAACAGCAGCGCCAACACAACGAGGCAGCAACAGAGGCUGCCGAUGAAGGAGUCCAACGUCGCGAGAAGAUAUUCAACGGAGAGCAAGCUUUGCACACAAUGGAAGCGGAUUGGCGGGCUGAGGCCGAGAAUGGCAAGAUGGAAGAUAGUGAAAACAAGAUCGCUCUACUCCUCUCCCAUCUCACGGACCUCCUGGCAACAUGCAUUACACAGCAGGAGGACAUCCACAGCCUCGACGACGCGUUGACUCAAGUGCACGACCGCCUUUGGCAGCUGGAGCAGCGACCUGUCGCCGCCCUCGAUGCCAGCUCUUCCAACACCUCCGAUCGCCUCGAGGAAUUGGAUAUUGACGUCGGCUCCCUCAAGGACGGCGUGCAGUUACAGCAAACCGCAACGAAACAGUUGGAGCAACGGAUCUGUAUUGCCGCCAACCACUCGAGCUCCGAACCGCGCAAGACAACUCCAAAGUUCGAUGGGCAGGAGAUCUUCUGCGACUCGACGAAGACAAAUCCGACGUCAUGGUUCCGCAACGAGCUCACGUUAUAGCUACACUACGUCAAAGAACACAAGCACCACGGGUACUUAUACUCCCGCUC